AUGGCGGAGGAGAAGAGAGUGACGACCGGAAGGACUCGUCCGGGGAGGUUUCCGGCGAGCAAGCUUGGGCGGCGGGCGAUCCCGAGGAGGGGGCAGGUGAAGUCCCGCAUCAUCGCGGGGCUGGCGCAUGCACUGGCCUCCUUCAUCUCCGAUCUUCGCCUUCCCAACCCUUCCUCCUGCGUCCGUCGCCGCACCUUUUCCGACUGA